UAGCAACAGUUCUCAUGGCCAUUGUGUUUCAUCUCUCAUCACCAUCACACAGCCAUGCUCCGCCUCGCACCCCGACUUGCCAGUACGCGCCUCGCCGUGCCGCCCCGCGCCGCCCGCCCGCUGUUCACGGGCACAGGCAUCAAGUCGUGGAUCGAGGACCUGACGACGCAGCCUGCCGAGCUGUCGACCGACACGAUCGACAACCUGCGCGCGACGCGCCUCGUGCAGACGCUGCCGACGCGCGAGAACCUCAUCGGGGGCACGAACGUCGAGGAGGGCGGGCCGCUGCCCAAGGCCCACCAUCUGGUGUACUUCAACCCGGACGCGUGGCUGGGGCAGCUCGGUGCGGAUGGAACCAACACGGAAUACAACGCACCCAACCCGUACACCCGCCGCAUGUGGGCCGGCGGCCGCUUCCUCUGGAACCCGAAGAAGCACCUGCGUAUCGGCACCCAAGUGACCCAGUCGGUGCGCGUCGACUCGGCCGUCGAGAAGAACAACAUGGUGUUUGUCGAGCAGGCGCGCGAGUUCUACGCCGACAAGGGCGACGUCGAGGCGCGCGACUGGGCCGUGAGGGAGGAGCGCACGCAUGUGUUCUUGCCUGAGCUCAGUGGGGCGAAGGGCGGGGAGAAGAAGAAGCCGAGUGCCGCCGACCUCCCGAAACCCGUCUACGAACACGCCUUUGUCCCCGACUCGCCCCUGCUGUUCCGGUACUCUGCGCUGACGUGGAACGCGCACAAGAUCCACUACGACCUGGACUGGACGCGCGAGGUGGAGGGGCACCCGGACCUGGUGUUCCACGGGCCGUUGACGGCGACGCUGCUCGUCGAGCUGGCGCAGCGCGCCGCUGACGACGUCGCGGCCGAGUUUGUCAAGUUUGAGUACCGCGCCACACACCCCAUGUACGUCAAGCGCGAGAUCAAGCUCCGCGCCGCGUGGAUUGGGCCGCGCGGGACAAAGCUCCAGGUCUGGGCAGAGCAGGACGGCGUGCUUUGCAUGAAGGGCACGGCUGAGUUCGUACCGGUGUAGCGCAGCGCAGCGUAGCCAAAAUGCAUAAGAGUGAAUGGUCGUACAUGUCGCCGAGCACGGCCGAGUAGCAGUAGUGGUAGCACGCCGAGCAGAGAGAUGUGCCCAACGCCGAUGAAACGUCAGCACCAGCGCGAGUGUUUCAACACCCAGCCACCACCCAACCGGCUUUCGGCGCAAGCCACCAGCCGGACAACCGGCCAUCAAUGAC